AUGUCUAUUUUAUUUACAACAGAAGAAUUGAAAUAAAUUGAACCUCAUCCCUAUGAAUACGUAUAAACAAAAACAAAAUAUCUAGAACAAAUGAGCUCCUUUAAUUACACUAAAACUACUUAGCUCCCUUUUAUUUCAGUAGCAAAAGCUUAACAUCGACAAUUAUUGGAUAAAGUCAAAUAUUAUUAAUUUGAAGAAAAGAAAUAAUUGCCCACAUAUCAAUUCAAUACAAUUUUUGACGAAAAAUCUCAACCUCCUAUUAAUACUGAAGAUGCCAGAUAGCAAUAUUAUCGAGAAUUUAUACUCUAACCCAAGGAGGAAGAGAUAUCAAAGAAAGAAAAAGAGAAGAAUCGAUAUUUACAUAUAUGUGGAGUCAUAAACGCAUAGAAUCAAAUAGAUAAAAAGGAAUACAAAAAUCAUAUAAAAGAAUUGAAGUAAUUGCAAAGAGAAGUUGAGUAAAUUCAACAAUAAACUAAGAAACCAUAUUAUCCAACAAAGGAGAUGUGUCGUAAUACUAAUCUGAUCAGUAAAUUGGCAACUCCUAUGUUGAAUAUGUACAAUGUGUAUUUUAAAGGAAAUAUUUGA